AUGGAUGCCAAAGUGUAUUUACAGUCCUUCGGAUGGAAAGAAGGAGAAGCAUUACAGAAAGGUGGUUUAAAGAAACCUAUUUUAGUUAAGCAUAAAAAGGAUACAAAAGGUUUAGGUCAUGAUGCAAAUGAUUCAGAUAUGUGGUGGGAGAAACUUUUUGAUGGACAAUUAAAAAAUUUAGAAGUUAAUAAUGAUAAAUCAAAUGGAAAAGUUACAUUUGAAACUAAUGAUGAGAAGGUAGUUGAUAGUUUUCAUAAAUCUAUUUCUCCGUUAUAUAAAAUGUUUGUCAAAGGAGAAGGAUUAGCUGGAACAGUGGGUAAAACUGAUCAUACCAAGGAAAAACAUAGAGAAAUUUCAUCAAAAGAUGCCUUAAAGGAUAUGGAAAAACUUACAGGUGGAGAGAGUGCAUUAGACAAGAAGGACAAGAGGGACAAGAAGGACAAGAAGGAAAAGAAAGAAAAGAAAGAAAAGAAAGAGAAGAAGGACAAGAAAGAGAAGAAGGACAAGAAAGAGAAGAAAAAAGAGAAGGACAAAAUACUAUCAAAAGAUAAAAAGGCAAAGACAAAGGACCUAUCAUCGAAAUCAAAGAAACUGGAUGAUAAGAAGAUCAGUAAGAAAAGAAAACUUGAUAAUGAAAAUUCUGAUAAUCUGGAAUCAAAACUGAAAAAGAAAAAGACAAAGAAAUCCAAAAGUUAG